UAAUCUCAGUUAAUGAAAAGUCUCUAGCAAGAAAGUUAAACAUGAGGGAACUUGUACUAAUCUUGGUGAUUGUAACGGUUGUUAGAAAAUCUGCAUUGGAAAAGUGGGAAGGUGGGGGAAAUCCUCACCUAGUCUCGGCCUUGAGGAAAGUCUUAAAAUCCGGCGAAAUUCAUGAUAGUGAUCAGAAUGCCCUGAAUCUUGGAGCAAGGUUACGGAGUCGACGUGACCUUUCAGAAACGACAGCUGAACCAUCUUUCUUCAAAAAUAUCCUCUUCACGAAAAUUAAAAAGAUGGCCGAGAUAAUUGAUAAAAAAGCAAAUUUCUACUUUCAUAAAUUCCCAAGUGCAGGAACCUACUAUGGAGACGAAAAUCCAAAUGAAGGGGAACCCUAUCCCUGGGCUAACAGUGAAGGAUACAUCGGUGCACAAAAGAGCAUAGCUAACAGCAGUCCAUACACUACUCAUUCCAGCAGCUUUGAGAGUUCAACAGCUGGUAGUUCAAAUUCAGGCUAUUCAGGCAGAUCAGGCAGACAUUCAUCUAAAUAUUCAACUCCAAGCAAUAGCUACGAGCAUUUAGGCAGCUCAUCAGACAAGCAGUUCAGUUAUGCUUCAGGUUCCAGCUUUCCUUCUUCAUAUACAGGUUCCUCUUCAUAUUCAGGUUCUUCUUCAAUAUCUCCAUUAAGCUUCUCUACAUCAUCGAUUCGUCCGUCUUCAGAUUCAGUGUUUUCAGGAUUCCUCCCCUCGGCACCAACAGAACUAUACAACAAAAUGGCAGAGUCCGUCAAAACAUUUCUGUCGUAUCCAAUGGGUGGUCCGAGCGCUGACAAAUAUCCUGUUAACUUUUCAAAAACAUCUUCAUCAUCAACAUAUCCUGGAAGCAUACUUACAACCCCAUAUUCAGGAACAAGCUCAUCCCCCUCUCCUUCCUCAUCAUUUAAAGCACCAAGUUCUACUUAUACUCCAUCAGCAACAUAUAGAGGAUCAAGUUCUUCAUAUUCUCCUAAAGGAUCAAGUUCUUCUUACUCCUCUGCAGGAUUAAGUUCUUCUCACUCCUCUGCGGGAUCAAGUUCUUCUCACUCCUCUGCGGGAUUAAGUUCCUCUCACUCCUCUGCAGGUUCAAGUUCUACUUAUUAUCCAAAAGGAUCAAGCUCUUCUUACGCUCCGGUAGGAUCAAGCUCUACUUACACUCCUGUAGGAUCAAGCUCUUCUUACGCUCCUGUAGGAUCAAGCUCUUCUUACGCUCCUGUAGGAUCAAGCUCUUCUUACGCUCCGGUAGGAUCAAGCUCUACUUACACUCCUGUAGGAUCAAGUUCUACUUACGCUCCUGUAGAAUCAAGUUCUACUUAUGCUCCUGUAGGAUCAAGUUCUACUUAUGCUCCUGUAGAAUCAAGCUCUUUUUACUCUACUGCAGGAUCAAAAGGUACUCAUUACCCUUCUUCAUCAUUUUCAGGAUCCAGCACUGUUUAUUCUCCUUCAUCAUCAAUUAUAGUAGCAUCCUCUUCAUCAAUGCCUUCUGCAUCCGAUACUAACAUAAAAUCACUAAGCCCUUCAUCAUCUUCAACAACAACAGGAUCAAGGUCUUCUUUCUCUUCACCUUCAGAUGUAAUAGGGCUACCAUCCCCCCAAGCUGUAAUCCCAAGUUCUCCUGAAGCCACAAAAGAGAGUGGAAAAAUAUUAAUUCCCGAGAACCUUGCUGAAUUUUGGGAUUUACGUGAACAGCUGAAGGAGAUGAUUGAAAUGUUGAAUGAUGAUUUACCUGACGAAGAACUGGAUGCAAGAUAUAAAGGUUUAGAUAUUUUAACUCAAGGAUUAAAUGGAUCCACUCAAGGAUUAGAUGGAUCCACUCAAGGAUUAGAUGGUUCCACUCAAGGAUUAGAUGGAUCCACUCAAGGAUUAGAUGGAUCCACUCAAGGAUUAGAUGGAUCCACUCAAGGACUUGAUAAUUCUACUCAAGGAUUAGAUGGAUCCACCAAAGGAUUAGACGGAUCACCUCAAGGAUUAGAUGAAUCGGCUCAAGGAUUAGAUCGAUUGGCUCAAGGAUUAGAUGAGUCGGCUCAAGGCCUAGAUUUGAUAACUCAAGGAUUUGAUGAAUUAAGUGAUGGAGAAGAUGACUUAAAUCUAGGUCUAGAUGCAUCAACACAAGGAACAGAUUCAGAAACCCAAGGAGUAAAUGAAUGGACUCCUGAAGAAGAUAUUUUAUCGGACAGAUUCAAGUUUUUAAUGAACUCUGCAGACUCCAUGGACGAAAAAAUAAAAAAUUUAAUCAGCUCUCUACAAACACCUAAAUCUAUCCUUGCUUCAGAUACACCUACAGGGGGUAUAAACCCUGAUUCUAUUCUACAAAGGUUAAAUUUUAGAAAUGUUAAAUCUAGACUUCAAACCAUUUCUGGUAACAAAGAAGAGUCGGCUGAACUUCUGAAUGAUUAUGAUCAAGAAUCGAACAGAAUUGUAAAGGAAAACAAUUCUCCCGCUGGCUUAGGUCCAAGAAAUCUAAAUACUGUCACUGGUUCUUUAGCAUAUGAUUCUUCUCCUAAUCCUAAUUUAAGUAAAAUUGAACAGGUCUCCAUUAAAAACCCAACCAUCAUCAGUUCAAACUAUAAACUUCCUCGUACUUUGGUUAAUCUUGAAGAAGCAUCACUUCUGCAACCAUCAAUGAAUGAAGAGAAGCGUCAGACUGAGCCUAUAUCCGGCAAUACCAGGAGUAGAAACCAGGGGGUUAUAUUUUUCCCACGAACAGCUCCUGAAUAUGUUGAAUAUCCUGCUCAACCUUUGACUGGACGUCUUGAGGAUUUAACUCAGGAAGCUAAGGAAGUUUCUGGCUUAUCUCCCAAGUUCUCUGCGUUCCCUGCAUUAUCUGUAGAACUCCGUAAUGAAGAUAACUCUAAAAAAAGGAACAAUGAUGCUCCACCAUCUUUAGAUAGAUCUAGCACAGAAACAGGAACAAGGAACGAGGACGAAUCUAGAAUCCUUUCCAGAACAUUCUUUCCAGAUCAGCAAGGCAGACCUUUAGAUCUGAAUCAAUCAGCUAACUUGAGAAUGACAGCUGAUGAAUCAACUGAUCCUCAAGACAUCUUUGCUCAACCGGAAAGUCCAGCUGAACAAACAAAAGGUGUUCUUGCAUUACUUGUUACAGAUGAAAACAAUAAUCAAUUCCUUGUACCAGCAUCAGCGUUGAAAUAAUCAGUUCCUUGUACCAGCAUCAGCGUUGAAAUAAUCAGUUCUUGAUACCAGCAUCAGAGUUGAAAUAAACAGUUCUUGAUACCCGAAUCAGCGUUGAAAAUAACAGUUUCUGGCUCUUCACCAGAUUCAGAAUCAUUAUUUCCGAAUCUAUAGUGUCAUCAGUUCUUAAGCAAUAAUUUUGUAGAAAUUUUUUUUCCCACCAUUUAUGUAUUUUUUAUUUUCAAAAGACUCAUAUUAAUAAAUAUUUAUAAAUUGA